AACAAAACCAGUCGAGUCUUUCCCACCGACCGCAGCAUACAGCUCGUGGCCUGCGCUGAAUGAACUCAAAACUUAUCCAUUGCAAAUUGGACAGUGACGUAACACUUCUUAGAUAGUAUAGUAAGAGUGAUGAUAAAGUGAAAGGUUAUCAGUGAAUACAAAGUUGUGGCACACGUUGUGUUGUUGGAUUUCGCGCCAAACUCUAGACAAGACGCCACGAUUUAAGGCUAGCCAACGAGAUGGGAAUGGGCGGCACAAUGGACAGCUGCGGGCGAUGUAUGAAGUUCUCACUGAUAUGCAUCAACGUUGUUACUUUUAUCGGUGGGCUGCUGGCACUGGCGCUGGGCGCGUGGGUGUGGGUGACGCGUUCUUUUUCCAGCACGCUCAUGAGCAACAACUUGUUCAUCGCGUCCGUGGGCGUGGUGGUGGCCACGGGAGCGGCGGUCAUGCUGCUCGCGCUGCUGGGCUGCUGCGGCGCGGCUAAGGAGGUCAAGUGCAUGCUGCUCACGUACUACAUCCUCGUGUUCAUCAUCUUCGUGCUCAUGCUUGUUGGAGGUAUCCUGCAGUUCGUGUUUCGGGAAAAGGUGCUGACUACGCUGGACCGCGAGAUGUUUGCGUCCAUACCGUUCUACGGCGUGCGGCCGGAGUACACGCGCGCGUGGGACGACACGCAGACCUACCUGCAGUGCUGCGGCGUGCACAACUACAAGGACUGGAACGGCAACGUGCCAGAGAGCUGCUGCAAGGAGGUCUACCCUGGGAAGCGCAUGGACUGCAAGUACUCGGGCAACCCGGCGACCAUGUACAUGGACGGGUGCCUGCCGCAGACAGUGGAGUUCCUGCGCGAGAACGCCGUGUACGUCGGCGUCAUCGCCAUCGUCGUGGCGUUCAUCAUGAGCGGCGGAGCGAUCCUGGGCGGCUCGACGGCGUGGAGCUUGCUGCGCAUGUCGUACUAUUUCUGGACCUCGGACCUGACCGUGGAGCUGGCGUCGACCGUGGCGUUCGUGGCGGGCGCGCUGCUGUGCCUGCCGGUCUGCUGGCUGGCCACGCUAGUGCCUUACCACCCGAGGUCGCAACCGCUAUUAGCUACGCUGAUGUGCGUGGCAAUGAUGGCGAUGCUGAUGCUGACUGUGGCUCAGUGCUCGCUGGGCGGGCUAGCGCGCGCGCUGCGUGAGCCGGCCGCGCUCAACGCCAGCAUGCACCGCGCCAUCAGCCUCCAGGCGGUCGACCCCGCCAUGCGGACCGCCUUGGCCGCUAUGCAGCUGGAGCUGCGAUGCUGCGGCGUGCAGGACCACUCCGACUGGUACAAGCACCGUCGCGCUCUGCCACCGUCCUGCUGCGGUCGUAUAAGCCAUUUUAAGCGCGAGCCUUCGUGCGAAGCGUCACAGCUGCCGUCUCCGCAGACGGGCUGCCUCCGGCUCGCGGUGGUCGAGCUGCGCAACUAUGCCAACGCCCUUUCUGCGCUUUCCUCCGCCAUCAUCAUGAUUUUGGCGGUAACGGUGUUCACGGCAGCGUACACGCAGGCGUCGGGCGUGGUGGAGCGCCAGAAGUCGACGCUGCGGGUGGCGUACCUAACGCCGCCGCCCGCCUCGCUUGCCUGCUACCCGCACAAUCUCCCCCCGCCCGCCCCGACAAUGCCCUAA